AUGGAGUCUCUGAGCUCUCCGGCUCGCGCGCGGGCCUCGGGGCGGGCCUCGGGCUUUCCGCUGAGCGGCGAAGACGGCCGCGAGGAGAGACAGUCAGCCAACCCGGCGGGGAGCUUCGCGCCGUUCGCCUCUCUGGGUCAGACGCAGCGCGGCGCGAGUCUUGGCGAAGGUGAGACGGGCGUCGGCGCGACGAGUCUCGAGAACGGCGACGGCCGCGACCCUGCGCGCAUGCAAGACGAGAACUUUGCAAACAUCUUCGUGCACUUCCUCCAGACCUUCAAGCACGAAGACGAAGAUGAAGACGCAGACGAAGAGAACGCGCCCUCCGCGAUCGCCGACCUGCCGGCCGAAAUCGCAGAGGCUUACUACAUGCGCGCCAUGGCGCGUCUGAUUCGCGAGUCGCAGGGGAACCGCACGCUAAUUGUUCGCUUGGAGCACGUCGAGAGCUGGCAGCCGCAGGGCGCCCCUGUGCAGGACGCCGGCAUGCGGCUCGCCGAGCACAUUCGCCGCAACUACAUAAGAAUUCGAGGCCGCCUUCAAGAGUCCUUCCAGCUGCUGAUGGAGAAGCUCGCCGCGCAGAUGAACGCGCCGCAGUUCUCCUACGUCCUGCAGGUCGUCGGCUCCCAGAAAUACGUGUACGAAAUCGGGAGUAUUCGCUGCAACAUGCUGGGAAGCUUGUUGAGCAUCCGAGGGCAAGUCACGCGCACGACAGAUGUGCGGCCAGAACUCCUCAGAGCGGCCUUCAAGUGCCUCGAGUGUGGCUCCAUCGAGCCCGAUGUCGAGCAGCAGUUCAAAUACACGCAGCCGCGUCAAUGCCACGGCGUGAACUGCAACAACACGACCAACUGGGAGCUCCUGUUUGAGCGCUGUCGGUAUGGUGACUGGCAGAAGAUUCGCUUGCAGGAGCCGUCGAACUCGUCCUCGACCUCGUCGGCGGUACCGCGCUCUCUGGACAUCAUCGCGAGGCACGAUUUGGUGGACUCCGUCUACGCUGGCGACGUAAUCGUGGUGUCUGGCGCCCUCGUGGCGCUGCCGGAUCUCGCGCCCCUCAUGAAACCUGCCCAACUCGGAAGGAGCGAUCGUCCGCGUCGCAACGAGGCGGGCUUGGGCGUGGUGCCUCUGACGGGUUUGAAGGGCUUGGGUGUGCGCGAAAUGAACUUCCGCAUCUCCUUGCUCGCCGUCGAUGUCCAGGCUGAAAGCGAGACGAGGAAGGACUCCAGCGGCGCCCAGGAGAACCGCGAGUUUUUCCAAGCGUCGGACUUCCUCAACACUGGAGCCUUCGAGUGGCUGCGCGAGAUCGCAGAAGAUCCUCACACCCUCGACCGCCUCGCAAAGUCCGUCGCGCCUCGCGUCUGGGGCAACGAUGACAUCAAAAAGGGCAUUCUGCUCCUCAUGACUGGAGGCGUGCAGAAGAGCACCUCCAACGCGCGGCUCAGAGGAGACAUCAACAUGUGCAUCGUUGGCGACCCGUCAACGAGCAAGAGUCAACUGCUGACGUGGGUCGAGAGCUUCUCGCCGCGCGCGGUCUUCGCCUCGGGCAAGGGAAGCACAGCAGCGGGUCUCACCGCUGCGGUUGUCAGAGACACUGACCAGGGCGACUUCGUGCUCGAGGCCGGUGCGCUGAUGUACGCUGACCAAGGCAUCUGCUGCAUCGACGAAUUCGACAAGAUGGACGAGAAGGAUCGCGUAGCGAUCCACGAGGCGAUGGAGCAGCAGACGAUCUCGAUUUCGAAGGCCGGCAUUCAGGCGACGCUCAAUGCGCGUGCGUCGGUGCUGGCGGCCUGCAACCCGCGCUUCGGGCGGUACGAUAAGAGCAAGAGCUUCGCGGCGAACGUCAACCUGCCGCCGCCGCUGCUGUCGCGUUUUGAUCUUUUCUUCACGUUGAUCGACGAGGCGGACGAGGAGCGGGACCGCGCCAUCUUUGAGCACGUGGCAUCGUAUCACUUGACUGACGAAGCUCGUGAAGAAGCUCUCGCGCGACAGAGAGCAGAGCGAGCAGCUGAGAUGGAAAACGCGCUCACAGCCGACGAACUGCGCGUGUACAUCCAGUGCGCCCAGAAGCUGAAGCCGCUCAUGACUGAUGAGGCGAAGGCUAGGCUCGCGGAGACUUACGUCUCGCUGCGCCUCAUGGACGGGCAGCCCGGGCUGCAGCAGAACAUGCGCAUGACAGUUCGUCAGCUCGAGUCUCUCGUUCGGCUCUCCGAGGCCGUCGCGCGGCUGAAGUUUUCAGACUUUGUCGAGAUCGAGCAUGUGCAGGAGGCGGUGCAGAUCUUCCGCGCCUCGCUGCAGCGCAUCGUUUACACUCGAGACGUGGUACUGCUGGACGAGUCGAUGGAGAGCGAGAAGAAAGACGAAGAGGCGAGAAAGCGCCAGGACGGCGACGAGGGCGCGGAGACGGACGCGACGAUGCCCGCAACAGGGGACGCGGACGCAGACGCACAGCCGAAACAAAUCCGCAUUUCGCAGCAAGACUACAGACGCAUCUCGUCGCAGAUCGUCGACUACGUCAUGCAGCUCGAGCGAGAGAAGGAAGACCAAGGGGACGCGUUCACUGGCGUCAACAGCUCCGCCGUCAUUGAGUGGUGGCUUGAUGAGAUUUUGAAGUGCGACGACGUGAACGAGCUCGAGGGCUGGGCGCGGAAGCUGCAGCUGAUCAUCCGCCGUCUGAUUGAGCACGAGGGCUACCUGGUUGGAGAGGCGGUUCCCGAGGGCGGCGCGGACGAGCUGCUGCUGCGCGCGCAUCCGAACGUGCCCGAUGACCAGUUGUCGCUCCUGGCUUCAGGCACCACUGGGCGCGGGCGAGAGAACCUGCCGCCAGGCACCUUUGCCUCUUCGUUCGGCUACCGUUCGUUCGGCGACCCGGAACACGAAGAGGCCGCCGACGGCAACGCAGGCGAAGAGGGCGACGGCGACUUGCCCAGCGAGGAGUUCGACAAACUAGAGCCGUGA